AUGAAUAAUAAUAAUAAUAAUAAUGAUGAAAUUUACAGCAUCAUUUUAAAAAUUGCAAAUAAAGAUAGCAACAACAAUAAUAAUAAUAAUAAUAAUAAUAAUAAUAAUAGUAAUAAUGAUUAUUUAUUUUUUAAAUUAUUUCGUAAUUUAACAAUUAAAAGAGAAAUUUUAUAUCAUUUAAAUCUAUUUAAAAAGUAUUACCAUUACUCCACAGACUCUAGCAAGUCAUUAUUCGAUUUUAAAUAUAAAGAGUAUGUUACUUCUUUAACCAUAGAAAGAGAAAUAAAUUUAGAGAAUGAAAACGUGGUUUACAAGUUUCCAGAAAGAAUAAGUAGGCUCUCUUUUGGCAAUGAUUUUAAUAAUCAAAUUAUAAAAGGCUCCAUUCCAGAGACAAUUACAUGUAUACAAUUUAAUAGUAAAUUCGAUGCCCCAUUAAAAACUGGUGAUAUACCAUCAUCUUGCAAAUCUUUGUGGCUAGGAUGCUUCAGUCGUUCAUUUGAUUCAAAUCUACCAUCAAAUAUUACUACCCUCAGUCUCGGUUGGUUUAACCAAGCUUUAAAUGUUGGUGAUCUACCAAAAUCGCUUACUGAGCUAUCAUUUGGUUUCCUCUAUAACCAGCCAUUGAAAAAGGAUGCUAUACCCAAUUCAGUUACUCGUCUUUCUUUCUCUAAAGAGUUUAAUCAGCCACUAAAAGAAGGUGAUUUACCAUCAUCAUUAACUUCUUUAUCUUUAGGAAACUCAUAUAAUCAAAAAAUUGAAAUUGGGGUUUUACCACAGUCUCUUAAAUCAGUUUCAUUCGGUGAUGCAUUUGACCAACCAUUAGAUCCAUUUGCUAUACCAGGAAAAGUAGAGCAGAUAGUUUUUGGAGAAAAUUUUAACCAGCCAUUGGAGUGUAACGUUAUACCACCAUCGGUAAAGACUUUGAUGCUAGGUUCAUUCAAUAAACCUUUAAAGAGUGGUGUUCUACCAGAAUCUAUCGAAAGACUAUAUUUCUUAUAUUUUAACCACCCUCUAGGUAUCAAUCAUAUCCCCAAUUCAGUUAAAGUUUUAUCAAUGGGCAAAAUGUUUAAUCAAACACUUUCUAAAGGAUUCAUACCAUGCAGUGUUACAGAUCUUUCAUUUGGUUCAAAUUUCAACAGGGAAUUGAAGGAGGGUGAUCUUUCGUAUGGAAUAAAUAUAUUGUCAUUCGGAAUGCUAUUCAAUAAACCAUUUGCACCAAAUACAAUCCCAGAGUCAGUUACAGAGCUCAAUCUAGGCCAAACAUUCAAUCAACCAUUAUCAGCUUGUCAUUUACCAUCAAAUUUGAAAUCACUAGCAAUGGGAAGAGAGUUUAGUCAAGUAAUUACUGAACACGAUGUACCAUCAUCUUUACAGUCACUUUAUUUAUAUAAAUAUACAAAUCCAAUUGUCAAUACAAUUCACUAUCCAAAUGUUGUUAACAGCGAUUAUUUAUUACAUUGCAAAAUACCAAGUCAUGUUAAAUUGGUAGUUAUUGAUAAUGACAUAGAUUUAAAUCAAUAG